GCGCGAAGUUCGGUGAAGUUGCGGUGUCUGCCCAGCGCCCCUCGGGUCCGACCGCACCGAACGACCCAUCUGCCGUCCCGAGACCCCCCGAACCCGGACCUGCAGCUGGAGCUCCCACCAGGAACUUCAGCACGGGGCCACAUCCCAGCACUGUGUCGGCAGUGGAACUGGAGGGCAGCCCAUGAGAGCCCACCUGCAUGGGAGAAGACUUUCUGGAAAACAAGUUCAGCCUUUCUAUCUCCACAUGGCAUGUGAGAAUGAAAACUGGCACGUUUGGAGCAAAGGCCUCCUUGCAGUCACUGACAGAGGUUUUGGAAUCAGCUCUGCAGGACAUCCCAGCACCAGCGCAGCCCAACUGGAAGUACCAGCUAGCUGAAAAUCUCCAUUCAGAAGCACUCAGCCAUGGCCUAGUGAGGAACUGGAAAGAUUGCAGGCCUCGUCUGAGAUGUGCAGAAAGCUCACACCAGUUUAAAGAUACAUGAAUUGUGCUGUCAUAACCGUACGAUGCCAAAAAGACCUGCUGCUAUUUGAGUGACUGACCGCUCAUCUGAUGGGUCUCAGUUCUGAAGUCCAAAAUGAGAUUCCUCUGCUUAAGGAUGGGCUGUACAGAGAUGCACUUGGAGUCCUGCGACUGCUGCUGAAAUCAGUGGGAACCGACUUCAAGCACCACUGAAACACACUCCUGGCUCUCCCAGAAUCCUUUUUUUAAUUGAAGACGCUUGGAUGUUACAAGGUGCUUCUAACAAGAAGGAUGCAGUGUGCGUCGUACACCGAAGUCAUACUGCAACAGGAGCAGAAGCGGCUGUGUUUGCAUUGCCCGCUCACAGAUGUGUCGUGUGCGUCGUCACCAGAAGUUCCGCUUCCUUUGGAAGUCUUUUCCAGAACAACCCAUCUGCAUCCAGAAAAAGAAAGAAUCGAAACAGAAAUGUGACGAGAUGAGAUGUGCAGGAAGAGAACGUUGGAUUCUGAAUCGCCUUUCAAGCUCCCAGUCCCAGGAACUGGGCGCAGUAACCGGGUACAGCCGCAGCUCCGCUCCGACACUACUGAGCAUGCUCGGCUCCUCCACAUCCGCCCCCGUUCUGCCUCCCCGACCCGGGGGUUGCAGCUCCCGGCGGCGACCGGCCCCUGGCGGCUGGUGGAGGCUCCGUGCGGGGCUCGGCCGCCAUGAACCCGGCCGGGGGGGCGGCGCCGUCCUUCCCCGGCCCCGUGCAGUUUCCAGGAGGCACCACGGUGCUGGUGGAGCUCACCCCGGACAUCCACAUCUGCGGGCUCUGCAAGCAGCAGUUCAAUAACCUGGACGCCUUCGUGGCCCACAAGCAGAGCGGCUGCCAGCUGAGCGGAGCGGCGGCCGGGGCCACCAGCACCGUGCAGUUCGUGUCCGAGGAGACCGUGCCCUCAGCACAGGCACAAACCACGGCCAGAACCAUCACCUCGGAGACACAGACCAUCACAGUUUCUGCACCAGAGUUUGUUUUUGAGCAUGGCUACCAAACAUACCUGCCUAGUGAGAGCACUGAGCCUCCGGCUGCUGCUCUCGUCUCCACGCCACCGAAAGCACGUUCAAGAAAAUCAACUUCCUCACUUACACAGAAGAAGCUGAACUGCUGGUAUCCAGGUUGCCAGUUCAAGACUUCCUAUGGUAUGAAGGAUAUGGAACGUCACCUGCGAACACACACAGGUGACAAGCCCCACAAGUGUGAUGUUUGCAACAAAUGUUUUAGUCGCAAAGAUAAGCUGAAGAUGCACAUGCGGUCUCAUACCGGGGUGAAGCCUUACAAAUGUAAGCACUGUGACUACGCAGCAGCUGACAGCAGCAGUCUCAACAAGCACCAGCGCAUUCAUUCCAAUGAGCGUCCUUUUAAAUGCCAGAUCUGCCCUUAUGCAAGCCGCAACUCUAGCCAGCUAACUGUGCACCUCAGAUCCCACACAGGAGAUGCUCCUUUCCAAUGCCAGAUGUGUCCUGCUAAAUUUAAAAUCAACUCAGACUUGAAGAGGCACAUGCGUGUGCAUUCUGGGGAGAAGCCUUACAAAUGUGAGUACUGUGAGGUUCGGUGUGCUAUGAAAGGAAACCUGAAAUCACACAUCCGUAUAAAGCACAGCAUGGAAAAUACUCUCAAGUGUCCAGAGUGUGAGUUUCAGUGUGGGAACAAAACAAGCCUUCGACACCACAUAAGAACUCAUCAGCCCGAGCAGCCAGUGAAGUGCUCAGAGUGCAACUACUCGUGCUCCAACAAGGCAGCUCUGAAAGUGCAUGAGCGGAUUCACUGCAAAGAUCGUCCUUUCAAAUGUGAGUUCUGCAGCUUUGAUACCAAGCAGCGGAGUAACCUGACGACUCACGUGAGGAAAGCUCAUGGAGACAAAGUCAAGACCAAGAAGCAAACUGUGGAUAAGAAGGAGGGAGAUAGGCCAAAGCAAGGCAGCUCCAGGCAGGUUGCCAAAUUAGAUGCCAAGAAAGCAUUUAAGUGCGAUCUGUGUGAUGCUUCCUUUGUCCGAGAAGAUUCUCUUAGGAGUCAUAAGAAGCAGCACAGUAUGUACAGUGGAUCUAAGAAUAACGAACUGGCUGUUCUGCAGCUCCAGAUGGAUCCCAGUCGACAGGCCAGUGCCCCGAUUACUGUCAGUCACCUCCAGGUCCCAAUUCAAGCUGCUCAGGUCUCUCCAUACAAUGAGGGAAGGGUCAAGAUCAUUGUGGGUCACCAGGUCCCUCAGACUAACAGUAUAGUUCAGGCUGCGUCAGUGAACGUUGUGCCACCUGCGUUAGUCAGACAGAACCAGGAGGAGCUCUCGGCCAACAGCCGCCUGCAGCUUCUGGGCCAGGUCAGCUUGUUGGCCCCACCACCACCUCCCAUCUCUCAGAGUGAAGCAGGGCCUGUAGCCCAGCCAGCAGUUCUUCUCACAACCCAUGACCAAAGCGACGGAACUGCUUUACAUCAGACUCUGAUUCCUGCUGCCACUGUCAGCAGCCACGAGGCUUCAGCAAACCAAGCUUUCAUCACCAGCUCUGGAAUCAGCUGCGCUGACUUAGAAGGCCUUAAUGCUUUGAUACAAGAAGGAGCAACAGAAGUGACUGUGGUUAGUGAUGGAGGUCAGAGCAUUACUGUGUCCACUUCAGCCCCACCUCCUCCCAUUUUCUCUUCCUCCUCUCACACAGAAGCCCCUAAGCAGACCUACUCCAUCAUUCAAAGUGGAGCCCAUACAGCUUUACUGUGUCCUGCAGACUCCAUACCAGAUUAGCCACAAAGUAACUAAGCAAAUUUCAGCAGAAACACUUAGAGUGUAAGUGAAUACAGAUUGUGUCCUGUAAAGCCAAAUAGCCACAUACACAUUUUACUCAUCUGUACUUGGAAACAUACAUCUUGUAUGUGGAAAAGAGGUGCGUGUAUUUACACACCUCUAUUGAAAUUGAAAGAUGUGUCCUUUGUAAAAUGUGUUGCAUAUUUCACUAAGCAGUAAGCUUCCCAGAAGAUGAUUCUCAUUGUGCUGGCUAAAAUAAGAAAGCAUCACCUUAUGAUGAAUUAUCUUCACAUUGGACUUCUUUCCUGUAUACGCAAAAAGGUGCAGGAGAUAAAUGGUCCAAGCCACUCCAAAGUAUAUUUUCAAGUAAUGCCCGUUUCAAUCGCAGGCUCUGUCUGCAUUGGCUGGAUGUGGCCAAUAGCUGAUCUGUAAGAAAUGCCUUCAACCAGGACUAAUGCAGGCCUAGUAUAGGUUAUGUGACCUGUUCCUUUGUAUCACUAGAAGCUGGUAGUGUAUGAUGAUUGAUUUGGAAGUUCUUACGCAGAAGACCAAGUUAAUUGUUUUUAGAAGGCAAAAGAAUUUUGUCUGUUCAUCAGUAAUUACUGUCAGCACUGUUGCAAAUCCUACCAGUAGCACAGUGAUCUGUGUCAGAGUUACCUGUGUUUUAAACAGAACCACCACAAAUAUAUUUUUUACAAAUGCUGCUUCAGUUUUGGUUUUAUUUGGAUGGUGUACGUUGAAGUUGUGUGGGUGGAGGCACCCUUCCAUGUUGGCACUGUUCUUUUCAAGUUAAAGGGGGAAAAGGAAAAAAGUGAGUUCAUUCAGUUAAAAAAUAAGAUUUGAAUCCAA